GUCCCAUCUCCAAUUCGGUGAACAUAUUUUUCGACGACUGCGAUUGCAACGCACUGCCAAAGAGAAAGAGACAUGACUGAUCUUAGCAAGCUCGCCGUCGCCGUGGUCUGUUCCUCGAACAUGAAUCGCUCUAUGGAGGCGCACAACUUUCUGGCCAAGAAGGGCUUCAAUGUGCGCUCCUACGGCACCGGCGAGCGCGUCAAGCUGCCGGGCAUGGCGUUCGACAAGCCGAAUGUUUACGAGUUUGGCACCAAAUACGAGGACAUCUACCGCGACCUGGAGUCCAAGGACAAGGAGUUCUACACACAGAACGGCCUGCUGCACAUGCUCGACCGCAAUCGGCGCAUCAAGAAGUGCCCGGAACGCUUUCAGGACACCAAAGAGCAGUUCGACAUCAUCGUCACCGUGGAAGAGCGCGUCUACGACCUGGUGGUGCUGCACAUGGAGUCCAUGGAAUCCGUGGACAACCGACCCGUGCACGUUCUCAACGUGGAUGUGGUGGACAACGCUGAGGAUGCGCUAAUGGGCGCCUUUGUCAUCACAGACAUGAUAAACUUGAUGGCCAAGUCCACGGACCUGGACAACGACAUCGACGAAUUAAUCCAGGAGUUCGAGGAGCGCCGCAAGCGAGUCAUCCUGCACUCGGUGCUCUUCUACUGACGACCGACGUCUGCCAACAGUUCGUGUCCAGCUCCAGCACCAACACCAGAAUCCCGUAGCCCCAAUGCGCUCCAGCCGAGUCAAUCGAUCUCGUACCCCAGGGGCUGCGAUCGCAGAGCAUAGGACGUCGGGCAUUGCACGCAGCGCGUGCGGAUCCUGGGUUCCGGAUUGGUAGCCUAGCGUAUAAGAAUACUGUAAAUAGAGAGGGGCCAUCGCUGCAGCGAAAGCACAUCCAACAACGACCAGCACCCACAACACACUCGCAUACUCCAAACACCUAAGUCGUAAUCCACACCAACACCACACCUGCAAGCAACUGGCUAAUGUAUUUGAAAUUAACACACAACCAAUGACGACCAUUUCCACACGGCGGCCCCAAAACCCCUUCGUAUGUAGUAGUAUGUGUACGUGUCCGUAUUCCUUGUAAUUUCGCCCGUCGACUGGGGGUCUUAUCACAGGCUCUCGCUUCCCCCAGCUGGCGACGGCGCCGACCAUCUGACUCCGACCCGUUCUCCCGUUCCGUCGCUCUGCUGCUCUCUUCGCCCGGCUCUGAGUCCAAUUCGGACUCGGAUUCGGAUUCGAUUCAUAUAAAGUGAAAACUCGCAUCGUGAUUGUGUGAAUGAGCAUGCACGCCAGAGAGCCACGCAGGGGCGGAAUGGUCUGGGCCCUCGCGGGCAGGGGCCGCGUUUUUAAUUUUACAUAGUUUUACCAAUUGUUCAGACAGGGCAAACGCGACGAUUCCCGUUGUCCACCUUGGGGCUGUGCGUUUUAAACAAUGCAAUCGCCAGCGGGCGCUAGCAUGCAAUAGAAAAUAAACAACAGGGGAGUUGUGUUCACUAAGCAUUGGAAUAAAAUCGCACGCCAAUUGAUGCCGGUUUCUUGUUGACGUUUGCUCGUUUUCACUGACCAAAUGCGACGUGAUUCUAGGUAGGAUUAGAAAUUGUAAGGGUGUUGUUUAGUAAUGUGGGGGAAUCAUAAUUCUAGCAUAAUUGCAUCAUUAAAAUCAUCAACGAUAAACACGAUUAAAUUUUAUAUUGUAAACAUUUA